AAACAAAAUGAUUUUGUCGAAACGAGAAACAAACCAUUUGUUGUUUUGACAUGUCGAGCUUAUUGGGUCUGCUAUAAGGGAGGUUGUGACACUAUUUGUCGGCUAUAAAAUAUCAGGUUUACCACAACUAUGGUGUUUUGGCGCGAAAAUGUACACGGCGUUCAUCGGCUAAUGUUAUGACUGGUUAAAAAGUCAUUUGCAUGGAUACAAAAGACGAAUAAACAUAACUAAACACCUAUUAAAGACACUUCCUGAAGGCAAGCACGUUUUUAGACUAAUCUUGCGGCGGGUUUAUAAGUGGCCUACAUUCACCGGCAGACACGCAUUCUGACGACAAGGACAGCCGUCGACGAAGAUAGACGAUCGCUGUGGUGAAAUUUUAUUAAUUUAACUUCUUAAAUUUAUCAACGUACGAACAGAUAGAAGACAAAUCAAAAUAAAAAUUUACUUUUAUUUUGAUCUAGCAGCUGUAUAUUCCAAGAAAUAAAGAAAUUUGUGAUUUCAACGAGCAACGUAUUCGAGUGGACAAUUCUGAAGAAAAUUAUCGAGUUGUCAAUCGUAUUUCGAAGAUAACUCUUUUUAAAUCAAGGCAACAAUACUUCGAAAUUGAUUUAGCCAUUAGUAACAUUUCGUUGUAACAAAACAAACUUUAAAACAAUAAAUUGAUUUAAAAUGUCAUUACCGAAUGCAAUACUAGCAAAUUUAUCUGAAAACAAAGACAAGUUUCGGGGGAAGAGCAAAUCAUUGUGUCACGGCUCAGACUCAGAAGAUGACAAGCAAAGUUACUUUAAUAAAAACGUCGAAAGUUUUCCAAUAAAAUUGGCAGAACUUAUGGUAUUACAUCGCGCUACUAAAGCACUCGCCACGGCUUGUAAAAUGGGAGUAUUUGACUAUCUAGAUGGUGCUGAAAGUGCAAAAACAGCAAGUGAGAUAAGUGAGCAAUGUAAAGCAAGUGUACACGGAAUGACUCGACUAUUGCAUGCUUGCGUUUCUUUGGAAUUACUUAAAAGUAAUUGUUUCGAUGGUAUGGAGAAAUUCGAACUAACUCAAGACUCCAAAAAAUACCUUACAAUAAAUGGGCCACAAGCCUUACGUGGUGAAAUUGCCUGUAUCGACAUGGAGUAUAAUUUGACUGGAAAUUUGGAACAUGCAGUUAAAGACGGCGUAACUCAAUGGCCAAGAACUUUAGGUUUUCCUGAAGGAGCAAACCUAUUUGAUAUAGUUUAUGCUAACGAAAUGUUCACUUUACAAUUUCUUUCUGGAAUGCACGGUGUCUCAAGUGUGGCAAGUCCGAUCCUUGUGAAAAAUAUAGACCUACAUAGUUUCCAAAAAGCCUGUGAUUUAGGAGGUGGCACUGGAGCAUUUGCGUACAGUGCGGUGUCUCAUUAUCCACAAAUGAUGAUGACCAUUCUCGAGUUACCUCCUGUUGUCAAGGCCUCAACUCAUUUUACUCCUCCUAAUCUACCAAUGUCCCAGAGAUCCAGAGUUCAAUUCAUUCCUGGAGAUUUUUUCAAGGACGAUCUACCAGAAGCUGACCUUUACGUAAUGGGAAGAAUACUUCACAACUGGGGAGAAGAACUUUGUGAUGUUUUAUUGGAGAAAACAUUUAAAGCAUUGCCACCAGGUGGAGCAGUAUUGGUUGUUGAAGCACUACUGAACGAUGACAAUAGUGGACCAGUAAGAGUUCAUCUCGAGUCCUUGGUUAUGUUGGCUGCCACAGGAGAUGGCCGCGAGAGGAGUGGAAAAGAAUACACUGAACUAUUAAUGAAACAUGGCUUUGUGGAUGUAGAAGUAUACAGAGAAGGCACGUUAUUGGACGGAGUGCUGGCCAGAAAACCAAUGAACUAAGACUAUCUUUCAUGAAUGAAACAACAAUUUAUAUUAAAGACGAAACGACUUAUUAAAAACGUUUUAAAAACUGGAAAUAUCAAUUUUAAGACAUUAUGAUGUCAACCAAUGCAAAAGUUUCUAAAUGUAAGAAUUUUAAAUUAUUUCAUGAAUUCUUGUACAAGGCUUGAUGCUUUAACGCUUUGACUUAUUUAAUUUUAUGUAUACUUUAUACUCAUACGUAUUUAAUGAACACAACCUAUAAUUGUACAUAAAAUAUAUUAAUAUGAACGUCCUUUUGUGCAAGUAGCGUACGAGAAGUCUCCUUUCACUAAAACUAUUCUUUAUGGA